AUGGGAAUUGGUUGUCGACAACUCGGGCGUCGUCUCUGGCCAGGUUGGGCCAACCAGCUGAGUGCAAGGCUCGUUCCAUCGCGCCAUGCCAGGACCUCUGCGUCCGAUCGCAUUGCCGAGAGCCCUUUUCCGGACUUCGAUGAAGGUUUGGAGAAGGAGUUGGAUGCUUUGGGCCGGCCAUCACUGAAACAUGGGUGGCAUGAUGAAAAGGCUUCCCGUCCCAGCACGACGAAGCAGCCGGUCAUGAAGUAUGCGCAGGAUGAAUUGGGUGAUUUCAUCCUUUCCCUUGCCGUCCGCCGACACAUGACCGGCUAUGCCUUGCUUCGUUUCCGAGAUUUAUUGCCUUUGCAGUUUGGUCUGGUGGACUAUGCAAAGCAUGGUGCCGAUGACGCGCAGAAGAAAGGAUUGGAGGUGUUGGCGGUGUUGCGAGAUUUGCGACAGACCGCACCACAGAAGCUGCUGCAGUUCAUCGAUGAGAGCGAGGAUGUGGAGGUCUUGGAGGAAGAGUUUCGGCAAAGGCAGUGGAAAUGGGUUAUCGCCAUGGACGACUCCACCAUCGAUCGCGGCGCGCCGAAAACAGUUCGGGAAAGUCACGCUCAACGCAUCGUGUCGAUGUUGCAGGGCCUUGUCAUUGCUGACUGCAAGCGGGUAUUCAAGUCUGCGCCGCAAGUGAUCAACCCCAGAAGGAGUCGCUUGCAUGUGGGAGUCCGUGGCGGCCCCAACGAAGAAGCCAGGAAAGAAUUGUUUGACAUUGCAUCCAAAGAGGUGCCUGACUUUCCUGUCAUCAACCACCGUACCGGAACCAUUUCAAAGGACACCUUCGUUAUGUCGGACGCAUGGGCGUCUGCUAGGAUGGCACAACGAGUGGUCCUUCUCGCUCAGAAGCGUGAGGACCAGAAGCUGAUGGCCUUUCUCCGUGAACAAGCCAUCGGGUCCAAGCCCAUCAAAAAGCUCGCACAGGUGAUAUCGGAGCUGUAUCCGCGUCGGGAGAGCAAAGAACUCUCUGAUGUGAUGGAGAAGAAGAUUGAGGCGAUGGUUGACGAGAAGUUGAAUAAGAUUCUGAACGAGGAGCUGCGGCGAGCGCAGGCGCAGCCCUCCAAGGCCGCCUGA